UCCCUGGGUGAGAACCGCGCGCCCCACCUUUCCCCACGUGGCCGCGAAGACCGGGUGAGACGCUGCGGCUGCCGAGGCCUGUCGCGGGCAGAGUGGGGAGUGGGGGCGCCGCAGGGCCGGGCUGGCGCGACCCUCGGCACCUGUGCGCUGAGUGCCUGCUGCGUGUCGGGCCCCGUCCUUGGCAGUGGGGACAAGGAGGCUACAGGGUACAAACAAAUAAAUGAGUGAACGAUGUCGCUGUAAAUACAGCUCAGGAGCAUCUAUCGACUGCAUGCCAACAUCAACACAGGCGAAGAUGGUCUCCAAGCGCAUUGCCCAGGAGACCUUUGAUGCAGCUGUGCGCGAAAACAUCGAGGAGUUUGCAAUGGGACCAGAUGAGGCGGUGAAAGAGGCCGUGGAGCAGUUUGAAUCGCAAGGGGUUGAUCUGAGCAACAUUGUAAAGACGGCGCCUAAAGUCUCUGCAGACGGAUCCCAGGAGCCCACACAUGACAUCCUGCAGACGCUCAGUGACCUCCAGGAGUCCGUGGCCAGCUCUCGCCCCCAGGAGGUGUCAGCAUACCUCACCCGCUUCUGCGACCAGUGCAAGCAGGACAAGGCCUGCCGCUUCCUCGCGGCCCAGAAGGGGGCCUACCCCAUCAUCUUCACUGCCUGGAAGCUGGCCACUGCAGGUGACCAGGGCCUUCUGCUCCAGUCCCUCAAUGCCCUGUCGGUGCUGACUGAUGGCCAGCCAGACCUCCUGGACACCCAGGGCCUGCAGCUCCUCGUGGCCACGCUGACCCGGAAUGCUGAUGAGGCCGACCUGACCUGCUCUGGCAUCCGCUGUGUGCGUCACGCUUGCCUGAAACAUGAACAGAAUCGGCAAGACCUGGUGAAAGCUGGUGUGCUGCCCCUGCUGACUGGUGCCAUCACCCAUCAUGGCCACCACGCUGACGUGGUCAGGGAAGCCUGCUGUGCCCUGCGUGUCAUGACCUUCGAUGACGAUAUCCGUGUGCCCUUUGGCCACGCCCACAACCAUGCCAAGAUGAUUGUGCAGGAGAACAAAGGCCUGAAGGUGCUCAUCGAAGCCACCAAAGCGUUCCUGGAUAACCCUGGCAUCCUGAGCGAGCUCUGUGGAACCCUGUCCCGCCUGGCCAUCCGCAACGAGUUCUGCCAGGAGGUCGUCGACCUCGGGGGCCUGAGCAUUCUGGUGUCCCUGCUAGCCGACUGCAAUGACCACCAGAUGGGGGACCAGAGCAGUGUUCAGGAGCUCGUGAAGCAAGUGCUGAGCACCCUGCGAGCCAUCGCAGGCAACGACGACGUGAAAGACGCUAUUGUCCGUGCUGGCGGGACGGAGUCCAUCGUGGCUGCUAUGACCCAGCAUCUGACCAGCCCCCAGGUGUGUGAGCAGAGCUGCGCGGCCCUGUGCUUCCUGGCCCUGCGUAAGCCCGACAACAGCCGCAUCAUCGUGGAGGGUGGCGGGGCUGUGGCAGCACUGCAGGCCAUGAAGGCACACCCGCAGAAGGCCGGCGUGCAGAAACAGGCUUGCAUGCUGAUCCGAAACCUGGUGGCCCACAGCCAGGCCUUCUCGAAGCCCAUCCUGGACCUGGGGGCUGAGGCACUCAUCAUGCAGGCCCGAUCUGCCCACCGUGACUGUGAGGACGUGGCCAAGGCCGCCCUGCGGGACCUGGGUUGUCAUGUCGAGCUCCGAGAGCUGUGGACAGGCCAGAGGGGCAACCUGGCGCCAUGACCCCAGGCCCAGUCUGGGCCGUGACUCUGGGGCCGGAGGACUCCACGUUCAUCCCCUACUCAGCUCUGCGGCCUUGAGCAAGUGAAAGAACCUCUCCCAGCCUCAAUAUGCUCCUCCUAAAGUGAGGAGUGGGGCAGUGAUAGAUCGCCCUCUGAGAGGUGUUGGACCAGGCUGAGCACAUGGGGGAUGUCCAGUUGUCUUAGGCUGGGUGUCCUAGGUAGCCAACCUCUUGUCCCCAUCUAUAAGAUAGACAUCGGCUGGGCACGGUGGCUCACGCCUGUAAUCCCAGCACUUUGGGAGGCUGAGGUGGGCAGGUCACUUGAGGUCAGGAGUUCGAGACCAGCCUUGCCAAUAUGGUGAAACCCCAUCUCUACUAAAAAAAUACAAAAAUCAGCCCAGUGUGGUGACAUAUGCCUGUAAUUCCCGUUACCUGGGAGGCUGAGACAGGAGAAGUGCUUGAACCCGGGCGGCAGAGGUUGCAGUGAGCUGAGAUCACGCCACUGCACUCCAGCCUGGGCAACAGAGCAAGACUCUGUCUCAAAAAAAAAAAGACAUCGUUGUUGCCCUCAGUGACCACCCCACCCCAGGCAUUCUGGAGGUGCCCAGACAGCUGUGGCCCUGCAGACCCCAGCUCUUCUGCUCUGAAGUCACACUCAGAGGUCACACCAUGGUCACUAGGUGGCUUGUGCAUCCCUUGUAGCCUGAUGGGGGUCUGGGCAGCCUCAUGACUACUGGUGUGUGCCCCAGCCUUCCUGCCCACACCUUGGAGGCCUCUCCCCUCUUGGACCCUCGCCCCUGCUUGUCACGUGCCUCCCGGAGCCCCAGGAUGGCCUGGGCUCAGUCCUUGAACUCGGUGACACUCCUUUCCCAGCAGUCCCCCAGCUUCCGCGGAAUCCAGCUGAUGCAAACAGCUGAGGAGCGUCACCCUGGCUGCACCUCUCCGUGGUGUCCCUGUCUCCCCUGCCCCCAGCAGGAAAGGGUGCUCUCAGCUCAGCAGGGCUGGCCCAGACCUCUGACCCAGUCACCCCGCCCUGUCCCUCCUCCCUGGAGACUCCCAGGAUGUGGGAGAAAGAUCUCGAAUCUGCCCCAGACUGCCCUGACUUAACUCCUGGGCCAGUGUGACCUUGGGCAGUUCUCAAGCAUUCGUUCAUCUGUCAUGUGGUGGAGUAGGUGCUCCUGGGCUAUUUUGAGGACGGCCUGCAGUGCUGGCCCUGUCAUUCCCGCUCCAGCCUUGCUCUCAGUCUGCCCAUGGCUCCCCUUUGCCCUCAGCCUGCCUGUGGCCCCAGCAGCUUGGGCUAAGGCGGGAAGAUCACUUGAGCCCAGGGGUCAAGGCUGCAGUGAGUUACGAUGGCACCACUGCACUCCAGCCUGGGUGACGGAUCAAGAGCUUGUCUCAAAACAAAAACAAAAACGCACUUCAUGCCCUGCAGACCCAGUGUGGCCCAGGCCUUGCCCAUUUCCCAGUCUUUCCACUGCACUCACUCCCUAUUCCCCCACCCCAGGGCCUUUGCACAAGCCCCCAUGUGACAAGCCAUGCCCUCUGCCUAGAAGUGCCCUUCCCUUGGCCCUCCCUGUGGCCAGCUCCUCCUAGCACAUGAGGUUUCAGCUCACGUUGCCUCCUCCAGGAGAGACCCCCAUCUCAUCACCCCAUGUGCUCUGGCUCUGACACUGGGCCCCAUCUGAGGUCACCUCAUUUGUGAACUCCUGUUUGUCUUGCCCCCACCAUUGGCUGGCUCCCUGCAGGGAGGCCCCUGUCCCCACUUGCUGCGCCUUCAGCUUCCCGUCAGUGUUUUUGAACGUUCACCUGAAUAAACUUACAAGCACUCGAGAUCCC